AACCACCAGCAAAGAUGUUCUCAGUAAAAUCAGUUUUGAUCUGCUCGCUGCUUGUUGCUCUGGUAUCGGCCUAUCCACAGCCACAGGAGGAGGAAGCCUAUCUUGAUCCUGAAAUGGCAUGGGAUGACUCCAAUUAUCCUCUAGUUCGUUUGGUGCGUUCUCCUGAGGGUGGUUCUGUUGUUCUCACCGCUAGCAAGGAUCAGGCUGGACGUGAAGCGAGUGUGCAGUAUAAUCAUAAUCUCUAUACCAGUCGUGAUGGGCGUGGCACCAUCGAUGCCUAUGCCCAGGCUAGUCGUAAUUUUGAUUAUAAUCGAAACAAUUAUGGCGGCGGCAUCCAAGGCCGAUGGUCUUUUUGAAAUGUGUCACCAAUUCGAUGAGUUUAUAUAGUAUUUUCUUUGGUUUUUUUGUUUUUCCUUUGGAAUUGAUGGAUAUUUAAAUUAAUAAAUAAAAAAAAAAAAUUUGUAAUUAAAUUGCUAUAAACUUAGUUUUAGACAUUCAA